GUAACUUGGGAGAUCGGGCAUGUCUUAGCUGUACGUCCCUGAGGCUGGCAAACAAAAUGACUGUACACUUUAAAUAUUGCACUAGUGUCCCUCCUGUUUACGCCUACUCCAAAAAAACUCACUAUUGUUGUUGGACUAAAGGAUCUGAGCAAAUACACUUCACUCUUACGAGCUCUUCUGGCUCAUGGACGCCACUAGCAGCCAUGGGUCUUUUAGGUCCCCAGUAUCUUCCAGUUAGGUGGUGGCAUUCUUCACGUCCCCUUCAAGAUGACUCCAUAGUUGAAAAGUCACUGAAGUCCUUAAAGGACAAAAACAAGAAGCUGGAAGAAGGAGGUCCUGUAUAUAGUCCAACAGAAGUGGAAGUUGUAAAAAAAUCCAUUGGGCAGAGGAUUGUGGAUGAACUGAAGCACUAUUACCACGGGUUUCGGUUGCUGUGGAUUGACACAAAAAUAGCGGCGAGGAUGCUCUGGAGAAUCCUGCACGGGAACACUUUGUCUCGUCGGGAGCGGAGACAGUUUCUUCGAAUAUGUGCUGAUCUUUUUCGCCUGGUACCUUUCUUGGUUUUUCUUGUUGUCCCAUUUAUGGAAUUUUUGCUUCCAGUAGCUCUUAAGUUGUUCCCUAAUAUGCUUCCCUCUACAUUUGAGACAAAGUCUAAAAAGGAGGAAAGAUUGAAGAAAGAAUUGAGAGUAAAGCUUGAAUUGGCUAAAUUCCUUCAAGACACCAUUGAGGAGAUGGCCUUAAAAAAUAAAGCAGCCAAGGGAAAUGUUACAAAAGAUUUUUCAACAUUCUUUCAAAAGAUCAGGGAAACUGGUGAAAGACCCAGUAAUGAGGAGAUCUUAAGGUUCUCUAAACUGUUUGAAGAUGAGUUGACACUGGACAAUCUGACCAGGCCUCAGCUGGUGGCACUUUGUAAAUUGUUGGAGCUUCAGUCGAUUGGGACAAAUAACUUUCUCCGCUUCCAGCUGACAAUGAGGUUGAGAAGUAUAAAAGCAGAUGACAAGAUGAUUGCUGAAGAGGGAGUUGAUACCCUGACUGUUAAAGAACUGCAGGCAGCUUGUCGUGCCCGAGGGAUGAGAGCUCUUGGUGUGACAGAGGAGCGUCUCAAGGAGCAGCUUAAACAGUGGUUAGAUCUGCACCUGAACCAGGAAAUUCCUACUUCAUUGCUUAUUUUAUCCAGAGCCAUGUAUCUUCCAGAUACCCUUUCUCCAGCUGAUCAGCUCAAAACAACCCUUCAGACACUACCAGACAGUGCUGCCAAAGAGGCUCAAGUGAAAGUGGCAGAAGUUGAAGGUGAAAAAAUAGAUAACAAAGUGCGGCUGGAAGCAACACUUCAGGAAGAGGAAGCCAUCAGAAAAGAAAAUGAAGAAAAGAAAAUGUCUGAAGCUGCAGAGAAAGCCAAAGAAACCCUUGAGGUUGCAGCCAUGAAAGUGGCGGAACCAGCAGCAGAUCUUGAAGCAACUGUUCUGCAAGCUAAAAAAAGCCAGAUGGCAAUGGAUACUGAACCAGAACUGGCACGGGCAGGUGCAGCAGUGCACUCAGAGGCACUGAUAGAUACAGCACCAGUGCUGGAAGGCAUUAAGGGUGAGGAAAUCACCAAGGAGGAGAUUGAUGUGCUGAGUGAUGCUUGCACCAAGCUGCAGGAACAGAAAAAAUCACUAACAAAGGAAAAGGAGGAGCUUGAAGAAUUGAAGGAUGAUAUCCAGGAGUAUAAUGAGGAUUUGCAAGAGAUAAAGGAGCUUUCUAAAACUGGUGAGGAAGAGGCAGUGGAAGAGUCAAAGGCAAGCAAGCGACUGACCAAGAGAGUGAACCGAAUGAUUGGUCAGAUAGACAAAAUUAUUGUGGAAUUAGAAACAAGUCAAAAGACAGCAGAUGCAAAGCUGGAUGGUGAAGAUACUCCUGCUGGGAAGAAUCUCAUCAGCAUUGCUGAGCUAAUUAAUGCAAUGAAACAAAUUCAGAAGAUUCCAGAGGAGAAGCUAACAAGGAUUGCAGAGGCACUAGAUGAGAACAAGGAUGGCCAAAUUGAUAUAGAUAAUGUUGUUAAGGUUGUAGAAUUGAUUGAUAAAGAAGAUAUUGAUAUUGGCACCAGCCAGGUUGCUGAGAUUAUGUCACUGCUUCAAAAAGAAGAAAAACUGGAGGAAAAAGAGAAAGCAAAGGAAAAGCAUGAUAAGGAAGCUGCAGAAGCAAAGAAUUAAGCUUCAGAAUCUGAAGCCAAUUGCAGUUGUAACCAAAAUAUUGUAUAUCUUUCUGUGUCUAAUGGCUACAUAUUACUUGAGCUUUGUGAUUAUGGGAAGUGUUUUGAGCUGAUUCUGGUAAUAAAUUGUAGAUAUGUUUUCUGACAUAUGGAAUGAAAUUUCCGUUCAUCAAAGAAGUGAUUUAGUGUCGUUCCAUACUGAUGAAAACAGGAUAUGCUUCUUUAGCAGUGCUCCUGCCCACAAAAGAUGUAUUUGCACUCAUUGUUGUGGUACAGUGAUCCAUUAAACUUGGAGGUUUGCUGUAUAAAUUAAGUGUAUCUAUCAUGGAGAAAUGUUGCCCAUUUACUUUCCUCCAUCGUUACGUGGGGCCCGACCUUGCUCUGCUUCUACCUUUUAGCUUUUUCAGAAUUUAAUACAAGCUUUCUGUUCCAUCACAAUAUUACACAUUUUCUAAUCUGCUAGUGAUGAUUUCGUGGCUUCAGUAGUAGCUCUGUAGAUUUGGGGGUUUUUAAGUUAAAUAUCACUAAGCUGUUGCCUCACUGACAGAGAAUGUGGCAUUCUGAUCACUUUUACGAAUUCAUGGUUAUUAUUAUUUUCUGUUGAAGGGAAAAAUCAGAUUUAUUUUUCCCUAGAAUGGAAACUUGGCAUGAAGUUUGCUACUUAUGGGUGCCUUAAAUUUCAUAGGACUAGAGAGUAGAGUAUGUUGCUUCUACUCAAAGCUCCAUGAAUUAUUAAAGCAUUGGAAUCACAGGAGCCUUUAAAAUAGUUUCAGAACACAAUCUGUCACAUGGUAAAGUGAGUUAAAGUGUUUGUCUGGAUAGCAGGAUGAAAAUAAUCAAAAGGGGGAAAUGUCAGUUGUGAUCUUUAUGCAUAUAUUUUUAAUAAUGUAGCUAUCUUUGUGCUUGUUUUUCAUUUGAUAAUUAUUUACACCAUAACUAGUUCUCUUACCUCUCAAUUUUCAUCUCAGGUACAAAGUCAUUAACCAAGUAUAGUCAGAGUACAUAAAUAUGUUCAUCUCAUGGCUUUGCUUACUGUGCAGUCAACAAGUCAUUUCUGGUAUUGCCAGUGCGUGGAUUACAUUAUUGUUUUUCUAAUUGCUUAUAGUCACUGCCUUUAAAUGUGUGACUACAUACUGGUCAAGGUUUUCUCAUUAAUAUUUCUUCUUAGUAGUAAAUUUUAAAGUUUUACAACUAAAAUACUAACUCUGGGGUGUUCCAUAAUUCAUGGUAGCCCAAAUUUUACAUUUUCUUAAAAUCUGUUACGAAAUACAUGUAGUGCAGCUUGAACCAGCAGGGUUGUGGUUUGGGGUUUUGAUUCUGUUUUUAUUUUGCACCCAGUAUUAUAAACCAUUCUUGAUUUUGUGUACAUAGUAGAGAGCACAUCUGACAAUGGCACUGUACAUGAUGAUAUUGAGGUGGGCAGUCAGUACUUAAUGCUUUUAGUCAUAGUAGCAUAUUUUUGUAGAAAAUAUCAACUCCCAAGCAUAUUUCAGCAUAAUUCCAUGUGCAGUAUUUAUCUAGAUUGGCUAAAUUAUUUGUACAAACUUAUUUGAAGUUAGUGGAACAAAAGAAGUUUUGACAGUCUCAUGGCUUGCAUGAUAUGGACCAUUGUAUUUAGUUGUUUCCAAAGCAAUAUGUACAGUGAGAUGUACAGUUCUAGAAAAAGUCAGUGUCUAGUUCAGCUAUUGAGUUUGUAUUCUGUACAGUUGGCAAAGAAAGCUGCUUACAGCAAGACCCUCAUGAGAAUUACUGUAAUUGUCUCUGAAGUGUGAAAUUGCUGUGGUGAAACUGAAGUUUCAAAUCAGUACAAUCUUUAUGGUUCAUGAAUCCCAAAGCAAGGGGUCUGUUAUCUUCCUCAUAAAUUGAGAUUACCUUGGAGAUUUCAGCAUGGAAGUCCCUUUGUAGAUUUUUGAAGAUCUGACUUCACUAGGUGCUUUUUUUUUU